AUUCCCCAUUCCAAUGAACGCAUUUCAAGUUUUUACCUCUUUUUUCUUCUAAUUGACAUAUAUUUAUCGUCUGCAUUUCGGAUUUGAUGAUCAAACCAGAAAGGAGUUUGUUUGAAUUUGAUCAUGUUUUGAUUUGAUGAGAUUGGAAUCAGAGGAUGACUACCCGAAACGCGGAACCUCCUCAGCCUCAGGGAAAUAACAAAGGUGUUAUUCCUCCUGCUCCUCCUCUGCCGAGUCCAGCUGAGCAAUUGCGUACUCGAGUUUGCAAUACGGUUUUCAAGACUGGGCCACUAUUUAUAUCAUCCAAAGGAAUUGGAUGGACAUCCUGGAAGAAAAGGUGGUUUAUCCUAACUCGCACCUCGCUGGUUUUUUUUAGAAGUGAUCCGAGUGCUGUUCCUCAAAAGGGAAGUGAAGUUAAUUUGACCCUGGGUGGUAUUGAUCUCAACAAUUCAGGCAGUGUGGUUGUUAAAGCAGACAAGAAACUCUUGACUGUGCUCUUCCCUGAUGGUCGUGAUGGACGAGCCUUCACACUUAAGGCUGAAACUUUAGAGGAUCUUCAUGAAUGGAAAACUGCGCUGGAGAAUGCUUUGGCACAAGCACCAAGUCACGCGAUGGGGCAAAAUGGUAUCUUCAGGAAUGAUGAGAUUGAUUCAGUUGAUGGUUCUUUGGACCACUAUAUGUUUACACCUGAUAGACAGCCUGUCAAAACUUCUGUGAUCAGAAGGCCAAUUUUGCUUGCUUUAGAAGAUGUUGAUGGAACCCCAUCUUUUCUGGAGAAAGCUCUUCAGUUUAUAGAAGAGCAUGGAGUCAAAGUAGAAGGGAUCUUGCGACAAGCUGCAGACGUUGAUGAUGUUGAACGUCGUGUUCGGGAAUAUGAGCAAGGAAAAAGUGAGUUUUCUCCAUGUGAGGAUGCACAUGUGAUUGGUGAUUGUAUCAAGCAUGUUCUCCGAGAGUUGCCCUCUUCUCCAGUGCCAGCAUCUUGCUGUAAAGCUCUUCUACAAGCCUGUCGUACUGAGAGUAGUAUUAGAGUCAAUGCCAUGCGCACAGCAAUAUGUGAAACAUUCCCAGAGCCAAAUCGCCGGUUGUUACAAAGAAUACUUAUGAUGAUGCAAAAAGUGGCUUCUCACAAGGCUGAAAAUCGGAUGAGCUGCUCAGCUGUGGCAGCUUGCAUGGCACCCUUACUUCUUCGUCCCCUUCUAGCUGGUGAAUGUGAAAUUGAAAAUGAUUUUGACGUGGGUGGUGAUGGUUCUGCUCAACUUCUGCAAGCAGCUGCGGCAGCUAAUCAUGCUCAAGCCAUUGUUAUAACUUUGUUGGACGAGUAUGAUAAUAUAUUUGGGGAAGGUUCUAUAUCACCUGAACCAUAUACCGAUUCAGAAGAGAGUGGAAGUGAGUCUGAGGAGGCAACUGAUGAUGAUGAAUCAUAUGACGAUGAUGAGAAUGAUGAUGCAACACAGGAUUCUGAGGCAAGGACAAAUGAUGAUCCUAAAAAUGCUUCAAGUGUAACAUGCAGUGAGGGUGAUGAUUCUGGAGACGAUAGUCUAUGUGAUGAUAAGGAUGGCUCCAUCUCAGAUCCAGACUCACCCAAAGUAGAUGAUGACAACAAACCAAAACAAAACUUGUCAUCAAGUCGUCAAACACCCCCACCACAACCUGUUGUUCAAAGCAGUGAGAAUGAACUGACUCGAAAUGGUAGCAGUUCAGGAAGUCAUCGAGAGAAAAACAGUUCAGUAGUGCAGGUUAAUGAUUCUGCUGAAGUAGUGAGAGAUAUUUCUUCAAGAACACGUUCAGUACAGAAGUCAACUAGUCAUGGUGUACCCUUAUGCAUUCAGAAAUCUACAACAAUAAGCAGCAUAUCUGUACAUAGUGUAAGGAAUCGAACUGCUUGGGGACGUGCUCCUGGAAGGAAAAACCUUUCCAUGGAAUCCAUUGAUUAUAGUGUUGAAGAGGAGGUUGGAAUCCAGAGGCUCGAGGCUACCAAAUCUGAGCUAGAAAACAGAAUUACUGAAGAGGUUAAAGAGAAUGCAGCUCUGAUAACCAAUCUGGAAAAAAGGAAGAAGGCUUUACAACAACGUCGUCUGGCUCUUGAGCAAGAUGUAGCAAGACUACAGGAACAGUUGAAAAAGGAAAGAGAUCUGAGGGUGGCUCUUGAAGCUGGACUUAACAUGUCUCACGGGCCAUUACCCAAUUUAACCACCGUUGAUGAAAAGACAAGAGCUGAGCUUGAGGAAAUAGCAGAAGCAGAGGCGGAUGUUGUCAAUUUGACACACAAACUUGGCGAGCUUGGAAUGGAGCUUAAUCAACAACGUGAACUACACAUUGGCUCUAUGGCCAAACCAGGCAUUUUGCCAUAUAAAACUCGUGAUUAUCAAACAAAACCGAAGGAUAAACAACAAGAUAACGAAGGGAUUGCCCCUUCACAUCUUGAAAGGUCAAGAAAUAAGGAUAAUCAUGUAGGAGGCACACAAUAUGAGAAUGAGGUGAAUCUUGAAUCUGCAUCCUUGUCAAAUAAACAUCUUCCUCAAGGCUAUCAGUCCGAUCCAAUAUGCAGUGGCAACUACCGAUCUGUUGGGGUAUUGGUAGAUCCGUUAAUUGCACAACCAGUGCUUGCCAGGCGUACUACUUCGGUCCACUCCAACAGGAGUGGUACAAAGGGUGAGGGAACGAUUUACACGUCGUCUGCAUUAACAAAGUUGACAACCCGACUAAAUUUUUUGAAGGAGCGGCGAAGCCAAAUUGCUAACGAACUGCAAAACAUGGACAAAGGCCGAGGUUCAUCUCAAAUUCUCCAAAACCUGGAAACAGAUUGGGGAUUUUCCCAAAAUGCCGAAAAAAAUCUGGGAUCAGAAGUUCAAGCCAGCCAAGACCUUGAAAAAGGUAGAGAAGCAGAUAAUUUUGAAUUCCAGAUCUUGGAUAGAGGUGCGGGAAUGGAAGGUCAAUCAUUUCAACAUCCUGAGAGGCUUAGGAAGGCAGAGAGUCAAUCACUCAACUAUGUAGACAGAGGAAAAAGGUCAGACGUCCAAAAUACCCACGGCCUAGACAGAGGAAAAUCAGAGAGCCAUAUGUCACUUAAUGUGGAGAAAGUUCGAAUUUUAGAGGGUCAACCUUUCUUUUCUUCGAGGACGAGCACCAGAUGAUAAGUGUUCUAUGAUGAUCUCUCAGGGAUUGUAUCAGGUGUUUCACCAUUCCAAACAAUAUGCCGGACAUCAGAUCACAAUGCAAGAGGAUGAAGAAUUAUCUUGAAUAGAGACACUACAAGGCUGAUUUUUACUGUCCAUAACAUCGUCGAAUUACAGGGUCAAGAUCAUCGAUCCUAUUGCUUAAAAGUGUACAGACUACAGAUGAUCUCCUUGAGUUAAGUGGUAGUAUAUUGUACCGCUAUUAUUUCUUUGCUGGUUCAGAGGGAAGUUUGGUUUGUCUGGUGCAAGGGCAGGUUUCUCAUCUUAAUAUUGCGUUGAGAUGACAGCUAGAGGAAAUUGUUUGAUAGUGGAUGUGUUGAUUGUUGAAGAAUUAAUUUAUUUUUAUCCACCAGUUUGAAGCUGGGAAAUGAAUUCAGUUAGAUGAUCUUGAAAUCCAA